UGACAGGAGCAGUGGGAGGGAUGAUAAGGACAAGACAAUAACUACACAAAGAGGACAAACGCUUCCAACAAACAAGACAUUGGAGGAUUGCUGCCAACCCAAAAGUGAUGUGCUCCUUUGAUGGCAUUAAGGGACGUAGUCAACUGCAAAUGAGGAAUGAAGUUUACAUGGACUGACCCAUGGAGACAAGGAGUUUCCAGGACUGUCCGCUGUGCCUGCCAUGCCCCUGUUCAGCUGGAUGAAAUUGUCCCAUAACACUAGAGUGCAGGCUCAGGAUGAAGCAGCGUCUCGGAAGACCUCAGGGGUCGUACCCAGUCGCAUGUUGAUCAGAGAACUCCUGUGGCAUGUGGAAGAGCGCGAGCGGCUGGCGAGGGAGCUGGAGCGGGAGCACAGGCUGGCCCACAGCGCCCUGGGUUUUCACUGGUUUCAGAAGUACUCCAGGUUACGGACCCUCAUCCCCACAUCAGAGCUACAUCAGCUGGAGUUCCUAUGUGCCCAGAUUCCACCCAUCCACGCAGCCACCGUGCUCUCCAGGUUUCGUGAGGUGCUUGCCACAAACAACAUAAGGCCCUGGGAGCUGGCGUCUGUCUUCAAACAGGUGUUGAGAGACUUCCUGAGCCAAAAGGAAUAUGAUGAAGAGGACAACCAUUCUGAGCAGCCAGCACAGCUCCAACCAAUGGAGGCUUGGACCAGCCGCUACAAAAUGAAGCAGGGCUUUGUCACACCCACGGUCCCAAACUGUGGAGACCACCCGAGAGAGGAGAUCCCAACAAUUUCCGGAUAUGUGGACCGGGCCAUGCGCCAUUCCAGUUCAUUCGCAGGGUCCAACAGGGACUGGGACCUUCCAUAUUACUAUCCAGUUCCUCUUAGGCCCAUAGGGGUGUACAGCACUACACUGUGAGAGGACACACUGUUCGAAUUGUCUGUGGCCGUGUUUAACAUCAGAAAAACAGUUAUCACGUCCACAGCACGGAGAUGCACAAACUUGAUUAUUUGUUUUAGUUGUAGAUAUAUCAUAGCUUGUGACCAAAAACAUGAAGACGACAUUAGGCUAGGUGGACAAUGUAUUAGACUGUUCCAUUACAAUAACUAGUUUGUCACCUGCUCUUUCUACCCCCUACUUCAUUGGCUGUCUGUUUUCUGUAGUGUGACAACAAACCUGUUAGACUUUGUAGAGUUGGGCAUGCAUUUUAGAGGUAUAUUGUCAGGUGGUGAGAGUGAUGUCACAAGGGCACAGGAUGUGAAAAAAAUGCAUGACUUGGACAUGGUAUUGUCACAGGAUGAAAAUGCUCUUUUUCUGAAUUUUAUUUUAUCAGUUCAUCCAAAGAGUGAUGUUCCCCUCACUGAACAGUUUUUUGGGUUUAACAAAUAAACACAAUUUGUGAAAGAC